AUGUCCACUCGACCAGACUCAGCGGCUUUGCGACCGCCACGAACUCGUCGGUCCAUCGCUCAUGUCCCGCGGUCUAGGAUGACGUCUGGUUUGGACAAGGAGAAUGCGACAACUGAUAUUGAUACAACUCAGCCAUUUUCUAAUAAUGCAAAGCCCGCCAUGAGAAACAAGAAGUCUCGGAGCAAGAGUUUGGGGCCUGGUGGACUUGAUGCGCUCCAGAAUUCUAACGGCAAUCGUCGCCAGUCUACAGCCUCUUUCCCAUUAAAGUCCAUUCUCAAACCUACGGUUCCUGUUUCUCCAGUGCGAACCAUCCCUACAUUCGAAGAAACGCGCCGACGCACACCCGCUCGUAGUGAACAACCGACUCAUGACGGCACGAUGGAUGUACAGAGCCAGAUGAAUCAAGCCAAAGAGGGUCUCCUGAUCGACUUCAAAGCAACACCAGGACCUCCCAUGUCAAAUCAUGACAAUGACGACACGGCGAAUCCGUUUGACACAUUCAAUGCGACUUCUGCCAUUCGUGAGGAGAUGGCCGCCACCAAGGAGCGAGAUGAACAGGAGCGCAAAGAUCGAGAACGACAGAAUAUUCUAGAGAAACGAGCGGCGCGGAGGAAAUCAAUGGCAAAUCGCCGAGUAUCCUUUGCCCCCGAGGCAACCCUACACACCUGGAACGUGGUGGAGAUUCCGGACGACUCGACCUCUUCCUCUGCUGCGAACUCAACGAGACGCGCAUCUGCUGCUACAAACUCCCAGAACCAACCCGCCCCUCCCUCGCCCACCAAAGAUGUCCCAUCUUCACCAGCGGAGUCCGAAUUCGGAUUCUCCCCUGUCCGCACACAGGACCUGGACCAGAUAAGAAGUCGCUCAUCAUCAACCGGUGGCGAUGAUGGCCUCCCGGAUUUAUCUUCAAGUCCUUUUAGCGGAAGCUCGGUAGGAAGCGAAGACACCGGUGCCCAAAGCAUGGCUGGAGAAGACGAGGACGAUGGCGAUUCUUCUGGGUCCGACGAUGGAUUCGAUGCUGAGAGCACUGCAAUGAGCAUGGAUGACAUGACCGCGCGCUCAGGCGUCAGUGUUCAAUCAGAUGUAACUUCUAGCUCAAGCUCUAGUGCUAGACUCAACGAAGCACUGCGCCAGGCCGCAAAGGAAGCAGGAACUGAGAUCGAUGAGGACGGAGAGAUGUCAAUGGAAAUUGCGGAUCAAGAAAUAACUGGUGCCUUCCAACCCUGGAUCAAAAAGGGCCAAAGACAAAGCUUUGACUGGGGAGAUAUCAGCGCACGACAUGAUGAGGAGAACAUCGACCCAUCCAAUAAUGCCACUACGCAAGGGUUGCCAGAAUCAGAUGAUAUUGACGAGGACGAAGACCUCAGCAUGGACGUGACGAAUGCCGUAGGACGCAUUCUUGGCAAGUCUCCCGGCCGUCGCCAGAGCACAGCUCGUCGCCAGUCCAUGGCAGAAGAAUCUAAUUACGGAGAUCAAACCAUGGAGAUGACCACUGUCGUCGGUGGCAUCGCGCAUAAUGAUUCGCCAUCAAAGUUCUCUGAAAUUGGCAAUGAGGACGAAGGAAUGACAAUGGAAUUCACUUCGGCUGUUGGCAAAAUCUUGGGUAACCAACAACCUAUUUAUGCCUCAAACGCUGACCACAUGAACUCCGGCCAAGACAAUGAGUCUGACGAUGGUAUGGACAUGGAGAUAACUGGUGCUAUUGGUGGUAUCUUACAGUCAGGGAUCGAAGCCAAUGACAAAGUGCACGCGAAAAUGAUGAUGGAGCUUGAAACAGACUCGGGUCAGCUUGCUAGCUCGCCUUUCCAAGACAAUGUUCGGCAGUCUCCCAACAAGUCCCCUGCUAAAUCACCCUUGGCCUAUCAAAUUGCUGCUGUUGCAUCCGAAACUGGGAGCCCCAGUCUAGCAGCCGUGCGGGCUAGGUCUUCCCGGCGUAGCUCCAACCUAGGAUCGUUGGAAAUGCCUAGGUCAGCCCGUCGGCAACGAUCACCCAACACCAAGCCAUUGACUCCGCCCAAACAGUCCACACCUAAAGCGAAACCUACCACCCCAAGCAAGACACCCCCAUCUAGCAAUGUUACUUUCAGGAGUGCUUCGCCGAAGAAGCUCUUCCAGCCUGAACUCCAGCAAUCAACAGAUAAGCGGAAGUCUCUACGCCAAAGCCUGUUCGAACAUAACAUAGCAACCGGAGAGUCGACCCCGCUCUUCAAAUUACAACCACGCGAGAGACGCCGCUCUUCUGGUUUAGGGAUCGACAAAGAAGGUCUUGGAUCUCCUCGAGUGGCCGCCUUACUUGAUACGCGCCAGUCGCUUGGAGAUAGUACGCCCCAGUUCGUUCCACAAGAACGGCCCCAAUCUGGUGUAUGUUUUGAGGAUCCCCUGCAAAUGCAGGCCGAGGAAGAACGUGAUCGCGAACAAGAGGAACUUCGAGAAGAUGGUAAUAUCGCGGGAUCGCAGUCAGAUCGGGGUGUAACCUCAAACUUGAAGGACAUGAUCUCAAAUCUGAGCCCUAAGAAGAGUAGGAUUGGCAGUCGCAAGAGUCUUCAUGUUGGGGCUGCUCGUGGAGUUCUAGGAAAACGCCCAGUCGAGCUGGAUCUUGAUGAAGAUGAAUUCGAGAAUUCACCCAAGCGACUGCGCGGCCACAAUGUCAGCCCUGUCAAAGGUGUGAAGUUGCCGGCACCGAUGUUCAAAGAGGGCAAUGUCGGGCGGUCGAUGCUUUCGCCCGUCCGUAGAGCUGCUAGCUCAUCGCCUCCUAGGGGUAGCACCACGCCUUCCCAGCAACCGUCGAGGGCUUCUCAUCCCUCGACAACUCCUCUCAAGCAUGGGAUUGAUGCUCUCCAUAUUGCUUCUGAUUCUCAGCAACCAGAAGAAGAAAAAGAAGUAGAAGACGAGAACCCCCCCGUCGAAGAACCAUCCGUGGAAAUUGAGCCUAUUCAGUUGCAGGACUUCCUGAAAAUGACCAAUAUUCAUUUCAUGGAACUAACUACAACAAAGAGACGACACACGACUGCCCCUGGCAGUGCCGCCAAGAAACUGACACGACCAUCUGGUGAGAACAUGCCUAAACCGGGGUCCAUAACAUUUGAUGAUUGCGUGGCAGCUGGCUUUUGUACAGUGCCAAUGCUUGAACUCUACCAGCAUUCAUGUCGGGAGUUGAAAUCUUAUAUUUCCGAAGGUCGGCAAGUGAUUCGCUCUAUAGAGGCAGAAACAUAUGCCGAGAAUCCAGCUCUCUUCAAGGAGUAUGCCACCGCGCCGCCAGAUAUCCGAGUGAUCAUGGAUAAUCAAUUCCGAAACGUUAAGACUCAUGCCCGCCUGUUGAGUAAGGCUACAUGGUACGAAUGGCGGAUGAAGUUGCUGGAGGGUCUGAAAGAAGGGCUCAUUCGUCACGUGGAUGAAAUGAAAGCAGACGACGAUUUGCUAUCUGAGCGAGAAGAGUUGCUCAACAGAAGCGUGCCGCUACUCGUGGAGAAGCACGCCUCUCUCGCGGAGGAGGCAACUGACCUACAAAAGUUGAUGCAUGAGAUGGAAAAUUGUGAUCAGGAUGAGCUACGUAGCACGCGCGGCAAGCUAUCUGAGGUGGACUCCGAAAUUGCAGCCAAAAGACAGGAACUUGAGCAGUUGCAGAAAGAAGUUCAUGAGAAGACGACUUUCAUCGAGGCGGGUGCCGAAAUGCGGGAUGAAUUUCUGGCUCAAAUCCAGGAGGCAGAGCGUGUGAAGGAAGAGUGCCGUGGGUGGAGUGCCCGAGAGAUCAAUGAAUUGAAGGCCUCUGUCCACCGGAUUCAGCAAGAAACCGGCUGGUCGAUUGUUUCAGCCUCGACUCCUUCGGAUGCCGCGAAGGGGCCUUUAUUGAAGAUGGGUUACCGGGACCAACUCGAACUAGAUUUCUUUCCUGGAGCUUUUGCCUCCAAAAACGGCGGUAGAAGCGAUGGGAAGAACUACCCGAUGGAACUGGCUUCCCGAAAGAAUGCCAACAUCUCUCCAAUUGCAUCUUUAGUCCUCCACUCGCUACAGCACCACCUGACUACCAUCCAGCAAUCCACUGUCGCACCUAAGCAGCUCUUGCACUUCAUCUCUAGUGCAUGGGACCGCACAGUCGGGCUAGAGAACGAAGCGCGCAUGCUGGAAUUCUGUGGUGUUACCCGCCUCACCCUAUCUAAGCCUGACAACGGCUCUCUUUCUCUACGCACACGCUGCACGCUUCUUGGCAAUGGAACCGCCUCUACACCUGGCCACAAGGGUGCUGAUUCAAAGGACACCAUUGCCAAGAGAAUUGACGUUGACUUCACUGUCUGUACCCGUAUUCAUAAAACCAGGGCAGAGAAUACUGUCGGUUUCUUAGACUUUGAUAUUGACGUCUUGGCGACGAAGGUCUAUGGUUUCGGUACAGGCAACAAGUCCGGUCUUUCAGAUAAGGAGCUGCAAGGCAUCCUUGGCAAAUGCCUUGAUCGGGGAAAGGAAGAAGAUCUUCAGCUAGGGAAUGGCAAGUGGUGCAAGGCAGUGCGCACGCUCACGGGAUCUGUGUUCUAG